AUGCUUAGGCGUUCCUUUAAUGCAUUGCAGAAGGGUGAGAGGGGGCUGUACUUUCCCAUCAAUCACCGCAUUGUUGACCGCCGUAUAGCCUCUGGGGUCACUAUAGAAGAGACGGAUGUGCAGUCACGGUAUCGCCGUGAGCUUCGUACGAGCUUUACAACAGGCGAAACGCGACAGACUGUUCCUCCCGCGUGGAGUGCACGAGAGCGGCCGACACACUUUCUGUCAUUGCGCCUCCCGGUGAGGAAUGCCAUCAGUACACGUGUGAAGGAGAUGCAUGAACAAAUUCUUUUUUCACAUCAGCAGCACGCCCCACUGCUUGUUCCACUCACAAAGCUUCACAUCACUUUGGGUGUGAUGACAAUUCCAGAGAGUGAGUGGGCGAAGGUGCUUCCCUCCAUUCACGAAUGUGUCUCGCAGGUUUUUUCCCCGAUCCAUCCAAUGAAGCUUCGUUUUCGGGGUUUAGGAACUUUUGGGUUUGGCCGUGUCCUUUUUGUUCGCGUUAUUCCAGAGGCAGACUUCUUUGUCCUCGAUAGUGCUAUUUGUCAGAUUCGACAGAAGGUUGGAAAUGGGUUGGGUGUAGACAUGAAGGGUAACCCACACGACUCUUAUGUUCCUCAUUUAACAGUAGCGAAGAUUAGGCGUAACCAACAGGCUCAAUUCGGCACCAGAAUACCUCUGUCGAUUUGGGCCGAUUAUCAACACCAUGACUUCGGUGAUGUCACGUUCUCGAUAAUUGACGUUUGUCGCAUGCAAGGGUCGCAUGACGGCUACUACCACACUGAGGGCUCCGUGCAGUUGUCGUAG